AUGCUGCUCCCACAAGCCCUCCUCGUCUCCUCCCUCCCCUGCACCCUCGCCAACUCCCACUGGCAAUACCUCACCCGCCCCGACCUCAGCCCCCCAAUCCUCAACAUCACAAUCCCCGCCGCCCCUUCCACCUCCCCCGACUACAUCUUCCUAACCGCGACACCGGGCUUCUACCCCACAAGCACGGGCCCCACGCAACCAGGCGCCUACAUCUUCCGCUCCUCGGGCGACCUGGUCUGGUCCGGACUCGGCUAUCUACCGGGGUACGUGGCGAAUUUCGGGCCGACGGUCAUUGACGGGAAGAAUGUGCUCAAGGCCGCAACAGGGUUGUUGGAUGGAGGGCAUGGACGGAUGUUUGGGGACCAUGUGGUGCUGAAUGAGCGGUACGAGACGGUGAGGGUGUUGCGGGCCAAGGGGGAUCGGGGGAGAUUGGUUUCUGUGCAUGAGUUUGAGGUUGUUGAAGAGCGGAGCGUGCUUGUGGAGGUUCCGGUUCCUGUGCCCGUUGAUCUGGAGGAGUUUGGGGGUGGAGAGGGGCAGAGGUGGGUGACGAGCAGUGGGUUCCAGGAGAUCGAUCUCGAGACCGGGGAACUCCUCUUCGAAUGGUACAGCCUCGACAACGUCAGCCCACACGCCAGCGCCCUCGCCCUCUCCGACAAAGGCCCCUUCAACGCCUUUACCCCAUACAACUCCUGGGACUACUUCCACCUCAACAGUGCCGCCAAAGACACAGACGGCAACUACCUGAUAUCCGGCCGGAACGUUGCCGCCAUCUUCAAAAUCAACGGCACAGACGGGUCCGUCAUCUGGCAACUCGGCGGACCCCUAGGGUCCGACUUUGAGGAUAUCCCCGACGACGCAGGAUUCGCGUUCCAGCACGAUGCCCGGAUCCGGUAUCGCUCUGAGGAUGGGACCAUCGAGCGGAUUUCGCUCUUCGAUAACGAGGCGCAGGGACAGGCUUCCAAGGUGCGGUAUAUCGAGCUGGAUCAUGAGAAGAAGAGUGUCCGUGGGAUCCAGACGUUUCUCCCACCCGAUGGGCUCGUUGCGGAUUCGCAGGGGAAUGCGCAGUUCCUAGAUAACGGCAACGUCUUUGUGAAUUGGGGACAGGCGGGUGCGGUUACGGAGUUUAGUAGCGAGGGCGAGGUGCUUUUCCAUGCGUACCUUGAUUCGUUUCCGAGUCGGGAUGUGCAGAGUUAUCGUGGGUUUCGGGCUCCUUGGGUUGGGUAUUCGAGUGAGGAGCCGGCGGUUUUGGUUCUGGGCGAGAGUGGCGAUGAUACAUUGGAGGUUUAUGUUUCGUGGAAUGGGGAUACGGAGACGAGGUCCUGGUGGGUUUAUCUUGUUGAUGGGGAGGGAGUGAACAAGGGGGUUCUUGGAAAGGUGGCAAGGACCGGGUUUGAAACGGUCUUGAAAGUGGACAUUGAUUCGGAGAAUGUGGUCUCUGGCGAAGUCUUUGUUGUAGCAGAGGCUCGUGAUGAGGAGGAAAAGGUUCUGGGGAGAAGUCGCGCGACGAGGGUGAGCGAUAGGGGCCUGUACAGUGGGAACUGGAAGGAAAGUCAUGCUAAUGGCCAAGAGAGGCUGGAACUAUAG